UUUGUUGCCUCUGGAAGUUGCCAUCCACUCCUCUCUUCUUAUCUGUCACUCGAUCUCCUCCUGCAAACGUGUAACUAUAGGCAACAGCAAACAAACUCUCUGGUUUCUAAAGGGUUGCUUUCACUCCUGCACCGAUUGUCCUGCUGGUUGAUUUUUCUUUUAACUGCACUGUCAGAAAAUGAGUUCAGAAAUCAUUGUGUCUCGGCCGCAUUAUGACAGCAGAGCUGCAGCCCAAGGAGUCCACCAGAAAAGUCCGCCUUUAGAGCAGGAAGUGCCGCAGGCAUCCUCGGGCUCAGCCACUGCUGGGUAUCGCUCUGCUAAAUACACUCCUGCUGAAUGGUUCUCCAAUUACCAAACCAUCCUUGAACAGGCUGGUACCAACCACAGAGACGCCCAGAACAUCCAGCAGGAGUCCAGAACCUUGAGCCAGGACACUGAGGCUGCAGCUUUGAAGACCCAGGCCACAGGAACACGUCUUCUUGGAGAGAGACUCCAGGAGAUCCACUCCUGGAAGUCUGAGCUGCAGCGGCACAUCGAGCUACUGCAGGCCGACACGAAGUCACUGCUGAUGGUGAAGAAGCGGCUGGAGAGGGCGCUGGAUGCCACCGAGACUCCUUAUGCCAUCGCCACCGAUAAUUUGACCUGCAGAGCAAGAAGACUGGGAGCAGAGCUGGUCAGAGACACGGUGGAGGAGGAGCUGCUGAAGGAGGUGGACUUGAUCAGGAGUAUUCAGGCUCUUCUGAAGAAAACUGCAGCUCAGGUUGGCACUCAGAUCAAGAGGAACCAAGAUGUCCAACAAACAUUAGAGAUGGACUGGUCUGAUAAGUGUCAGGCCUACAGCUUUGAUGACGCCUGUGGAAGAAACCAUAACAUGAGUCCAGACACACAGCAGCACCCCAGUUCUGCUACCAUGCAGGAGCACGUUUCUACCCCCUCAUCAUGGACAAAGUUUACUCAAGACAACCUGUCAAUGGCCCUGCAGGAGGAUCAUGCCACCAAGAGUCUCAGAAUGCUUGUGGAGCAAAUGCUGCAGGACACCACUGAGGAUCUGAGGGUCCAAUGCGGCAGCGUGGAGCGAGCCUUCAGCCUGCACUGUGAGGACCUUAUUGAGGCCAAGACCCAGCUGGAGAUGAAGCUAGCUCAGACUUUGGAGCAAAUUGGUGCCCAGGAGAAGAACAUUGAGGUCCUACAGCGGGCCAUCCACAACAAAGAGGCUCCACUGAGGGUGGCUCAGUCCAGACUCUACCUUCGCUCUCUCAGACCAAACAUGGAGCUCUGCAGGGACCAACCCCAGCUCAGUUUGGAAGGAGAAGUGAGGCAGAUUGAUGCCUCCUUGGAGUCUCUGAAGCAGAAGCUGAGUGAAGCCAGGAGCUCCCUGUCCCAUCUGGAGGAGUCAAGGAUGGCUCUUGAGAAGGACAUAAACUGUAAAACCAAUUCACUGUUUAUUGAGAGGGAAAAGUGCAUGAUUCACCGUAAACGAUAUCCAACUCUCUCAGUACUCUCAGGAUACUGAACUUGACUUCAUAACUUGGGAUUGUUCUGCUUGACAGUUUGAAUAGUAUCAUGUGAAAAGUUAAAAUCUUGGAACAUUGUUUUAUAACCCAAGUCUUUUAUCUCCACAACUUUAUUCCUGACCUGUUUGUUGUUUUUCUAAAGGCUCAAACGUUCUCAGGCACAUUGUGUCACUGUGACUCCAUGCACACUGUCUGUAGAGGGUUGAAAUUUCAUAAUCAAGGGUAUUGAUUUACUAAAUUUCUCCCAACAAAUUCCUUCAUUUCUCACAAUUUCAGCCAUGGCAUCAACAAAGAAGGAGGAUGUUUGACACAGAGUAUGUGUACUAAGUUGUAAAAAUUGACCUUUGUUCUCUUUGAGUGGACAAAGGUGCUCUUGAGUAACUUCAACAAAAUUAAGUAUGCCUGAGUAUGUGGGAGCCUUUAGUCUUCUUGAUGCUGUUGCUCAUUAUUGCUCUCUAACAAACGGCUAAAGUCUUCAAAUAAAACACUUUUUUUCUUCCACUUCACUAUUUUUGAACUGUUCUAUGAAAUAAAAUCACAUUACAAUAAAAUUUUGCUUGUUUGUAACUUGA